CAAUCUACGCGAUUCAAUUCCAGAAACGUGGCCUUCCGCAUGCGCAUAUCUUGCUUUUUCUUGCCAUGGAAUACAAGAUAAAGACUACUGAUGAUAUAGAUAAAAUAAUUUCUGCCGAAAUACCGGAUGAAGCCACCGAUCCAUUUUAUUAUGUUGCUGUUAGAGAUCAUAUUAUGCAUGGCCCCUGUGGAAGUGUUCGCCCGAAAUCUCCGUGCAUGGCGAAUGAUUGUUGCACAAAACAUUUUCCAAAAAAAUUCUCCGAAACCACGAGUCUUGACGAAGAAGGCUAUCCACGAUACAACCGUCGUGAUAAUGGCAGGACCAUAGAAAAGAAUGGCAUUCCCUUGGAUAACAGAUGCGUAGUGUCCCAUAACAGAAAAUUGCUUCUGAUGUACGGCGCGCACAUAAAUAUGGAGUGGUGCAACCAGUCCAGGUCCAUAAAAUAUUUGUUCAAGUACGUGAACAACGGGAACGAUCGCGUUACUGACACCUUCCAUGCGUCAAAUGGAGAUGAGUCAUCUAGCAGGCCAGUUGACGAGGUGAAGAUGUACUAUGAUUGUCGGUAUGUUUCAUCUUGUGAGGCUGCGUGGCGGUUGUUGGAGUUUGAGAUUCAAUACAAGCACCCAUCAGUGGAGCGCUUGAACUUUCACCUCGAGAACGAGCAUCCGUGCUACUAUCCCGAUGAAGUUCCGAUCGAUGAAGUGGUUAAGAAAUAUAAAAAUGCCGGCAGUAAAUUUUUAGCUUGGAUUGAAGCUAACAAGAAAUAUCCCGAAGCCAGGAAACUGACGUACGUUGAGGCACCCACCAGAUUUUUGUGGCACUCGAAAACCAACAAUUGGGAGCUUAUAAAAGGAAGUGACUGUAUCGCGCGUUUGUACUUCGUCCCCCCUGGUGCUGGUGACAUAUAUUACUUGCGGUGUCUUAUCAACGUUGUUCGAGGUGUAACGUGCCAUCGUGUCUAUAUGAAGUUGGGCGGAGUACAACACGUUUCAUUGCAUGACACGUGUUUUUCUCUCGGUCUGGUUAAGGACGACAAAAAGUAUAUUGAAGGGAUUAUCGAGGCAAGCCAGUGGUCGAGUGCCAAUUCGUUGAGAAACCUUUUUGCUACUUUGUUGUCUUCUGAUACUCUCGGUCAACCGGAGUUUAUGUGGGAAUCAUGUUGGCCUUACCUAUCAGAUGAUAUAUUAUAUAAUCGUCGGGGGGUUUUACAGCACCCAG